AACUUGACACGCGCGCAGAUAGAAACCGCCCAAACCGCUUCAGUCGUCAGUUCAGGGAACACGCAGUCCUGGUGUGAGCGCGCAGCACAAGUUUUCUUCAGAUCGUUCGCUCGUCACGAUGAAGACCUCGGACAGUGACCCCCCAGCAGUGAAGAGGAACCCGUUCGUGCACGAGCUCCACUUCACCACGGCAGAGAAAGUAAAGAUUGGACUGAUGUCGGUGACCAUUUUCCCGGUGCGGCUGCUGCUCGUCUCUUUCCUGAUGUUGCUGGCGUGGCCCUUCGCCUUCACUGCCACCCUGGGACGCUCGGAUUUUAUCGUUGAACCACAGUCAUGGUGGAGGAGAAUCGUCCAUCUUUGUAUUUGGGUCAUCAUGCGAGCCAUGUGGUUUUGUGGCGGUUUCCAUCGGAUCAAGGUGAAAGGGAACCCAGCCCCACCCUCUGAAGCUCCUAUUCUUGCCGCGGCGCCACAUUCUUCCUACUUUGAUGCGAUCCCAGUCACCCAGAUGAUGUGCUCUAUAGUUGGCAAACAGGAGAGCAGGAGCGUACCAGUGUGGGGCACUUUGAUCAGCUACAUCAGGCCUGUGUUCGUGGUUCGCUCCGACCAGGACUCGAGAAGAAAAACAGUCGAGGAGAUAAAACGAAGGGCCAAGUCUGAAGGAGAGUGGCCCCAGAUCAUGAUAUUCCCUGAGGGGACGUGCACCAACAGGACAAGUCUCAUCCUCUUCAAGGCCGGUGCUUUCAUCCCAGGACUCCCAGUGCAACCAGUGGUCCUGCGCUACCUAAACAAACUGGACACCAUCACAUGGACAUGGCAAGGUCCUGGAGCAUUUAAGAUCUUAUGGCUCACUCUGUGCCAACCACACAACUCAGUGGAGAUUGAGUACUUGCCUGUUUACCAUCCGUCCGAGAAGGAGAAGGAAAACCCUACACUGUUUGCCAAUAACGUCAGAACGCUCAUGGCCCAGGCGUUGAAGGUACCACUCACAGACAUAUCCUUUGAAGACCAGGGGAUCAUCGUCUCACAGGGUCCACUGGGUAUACAGGACUGCCGGAGCCUGCUACACUUCAACCAGCUCGUGUUUCGUUUGGGGUUGAGAGCCAGGAGCACAGACAAGCUGCUGGAACAGGCCAGCAGAGCUACAAAGCUGUGUGGAGACAGACUGGGACUGGAGGACUUUGCUGAGUUCCUCAACCUGCCAGUUACAGACACACUUAAACAAGUCCACAACCUCUUUGAUCAGCUUGGAGAUGGACAGAUAGACAUCAGGCACUAUAUCAUUGCACUGUCUACGGUUCAACGGCCUUCUAAAUCCAUGGAGACUUUAAAACUGGCCUUCCAGAUGUAUGAGAACGAAGACAGUGGGGAGAUCCAGGAGGACGAUCUGGCUGUCAUCUUGGAAAUAAUGUUGGGAGUAAAGGAUGUGGAACUUUCCGGUCUGUUUUUAGCACUUGAGAGACCUGAUACAAGGAAAAUCACUUAUGUUGAGCUUCGCCGUCUCAUAGAGGACCAUUCACAGUUCUCGCUGGACUGCAUUCAUUUUAAAGAUCAUCCACGGAAUGGCUGUGUUGGCCAACUCAAAAGCUGCAACGGCACGAGCCACGACAAAGAAAAAUAAACUGUUCAUCUUUAUCUGAUGUGAUGGCAGCAGGUGUGCCUGCUACCUGUUUGCCUCAAAGUGCAAGAACACAGGUGUCAGGAAGAGCAAGAACUUUGGUCUCAAUCUUUUUAUGCAAAUUUUCUUCUACAUUUGUUUCCCUUUUUUAUUUUCAAUUUUGAUA